GUCAAGGCUCGAAGCUCCUAUCGUAAAAUUGCUAAUUUGAAGUUCCUUUGUGUUUGCACCGUCGACAUGAAGAAAAAGACAAUUGAAGAUGAUCAACGCGAUCGGUUGAAGAAAGUGCAUAGCCGCUCUGGUGAUCCACGCCUAGACACUUAUCCGUCACGUUCUCGAGGAUAGCAACAGUUUCUAUUUUUUGUCUACUGCAACUUAGAUAGGCCUGUGUCAGACGUGACUGAAAGGACUCCACCUCUACUUCUCCAACAGUUUCUAAAUGCGUAGUUUAUAUCAUUUUCAUUUGACGCACGUACUGAAAUAGAAUUAGCAAUACCAAAGUAGUACUACGACAAAACACGAAAGAUGAAGAUCAACCUCGACCGCAUCCCGGUUUUCCUGGGUUUUCUCGCGCUGGGAAUUCUGCUCACCACGGCACUGAUGCAGUGUCUCGACUGGAGCUACGGGCAGGCGGGGCCGCUGGGCUUUUUCCUGGUGGUGCAGCUGCAACUAUCAACUGUAAAAAUGUCUGGGUCUGGAAGAAUUCACGUUUGUCAUGCUUGUCUGGCAUGACUCUUAAAUCUGUCACGCACGUUACCCAAGAGCUCCGUUUUUCUGUGAUGCAGAAGCGCAGUUUGUCAUGCAGAAUAGGCAACACCUAGGAGCUCAGAAACUUGUUAUGCUGAGCCAGCAUUUGUAGCCUCAUCAUGAGACGCCACCCAGCAUCACAAGUUUCCAGACCCAGACACUUUUACUUUUGAUAGCAAAAGAUGAUGAACAAUUUCUCGGACAAGAUGAAGGAAAUGGAAAAAGGUUAUCCUGAGUAAAAACGUACCCACACCAGAGUUGUAAUGCAGAUUUGCAAAGACAGGAAGACUUGUAAUGCGCAUCCGCAUGAGAGCCAUUUCCAGUCGUGUUUUGGAAUUUGUGAUGCUGUGAACAGGAUGAGCAGAUGAAUCUGUGACGCGGCUGCACUUGCUAACCUGCACUACACUGCAGAGUGCAACUUGUCAUGCGUGACUCACAAAACUCCUAGGUUUGUGUUGCAAAAUCCCCAUCCUGACUCUGGUGUGGGUAGGUUUUUACUCAGGAUAAAGGUACAGCAAGCAGUGGGGCUGGGGCCGGGAAAAAUACCGCAGGAAAUGUGAAAGCCGUAGCACCGUCAACACCACCUGGUGGCAAUAAAACGGGGACGAGCAAAAAAGACAAAUAGUAACAGCGACCCAGUGGUUUCUUUGCCGGAAUAAACCAAAAGCAUGAACAGCCGAUGAGCGCGAUUUGCUGGCCGCGACCGAGGCAAGGAAAAGCGGACCAGAACAGCUGCGCCGAUGGUCACGAGGGCCCGCCGCCACAAGAUGGAGUUGGAGAGAGCAAAUACAUGAUCCUCAGUCGGGGCUCAAGAAUUGCAGGGUUCUCAAAGCGCCUGCGCUGUCCAGCCAACCGCGAUCCUCGCGAACGAGAAGGGCGAUAAUUACCACAUUGUUUAGUAACCUGUUUCACACUAAAACGGCAGCGACAUUUUGUCUUCGUAAUCCUCGUGGCAAAACUAAUCUUCGUAAUCCCCGCGACGAAUCGGAAUCCGCUGGUGCCCUUCAUUCAGGUAGAACUAUUUUUGUGCAUUCAUCCCGCCGGAUGGGUUCAUGCUUUUCAUUCCUAAUAACUUGGCGACCGAUGUUGCUCUCAGUAUCAACGAGAACGACCAAACACGGCUCAGUCUCCAAGCUGCCCAUUUGGCGGCUUAAGAAAGUGACGCUCACGAGGAUCUCUUUACGGCAGAGUCAGCCGCUAAGUGCUUCAAUGCGAAGUUUGAAAAUCAAGCACAGGAGCUGCAUUUCAACAAGUUUCUAGCAGCACGCAGAUGAACAGAUUCAAGUUUGUUCGUUAGUCCGUCC